AUGGAUAGCAAUAAGGAGGAGGCAAAUAGGUGUAGGAGAAUUGCUGAGAAUGCAAUUAAAUCUGGUGAUAUUGACAAGGCUAUAAGAUUACUUGAGAAGUCUUAUCGUAUGUAUCCAUCUAAUGAUGUAGAUGAUAUACUGAAAAAAUUAAAUGAUCAAAGAAAAGUUAGAAGUAAUUGUCAAAAUAAAUCUCCUCAAGGUGAUAUGAAUUCGAACUGUAUGAGAUAUAAUGCCUCAAAGGUAAUAAAGAGCCCUAUAUCAAAUUCUGACACAAGUAAUGGUUCUGCAUCUAGUAAGGAGUCCCCAGAGUUAUUAUGUAAACGUAUUUUGAAAGCAAAAGAUUACUAUACAACUUUGGGAAUUUCAAGAGAUGCAGAUGAUGUAGCUAUUAAAAAAGCAUAUAAGAAAUUAGCACUAUUGCUUCAUCCAGAUAAAUGUAAGGCAUCCAGUGCUGAGGAGGCCUUUAAAAAGAUAGCUCUAGCUUUUCAGACAUUGUCUGAUACUGAGAAGCGUCAAAUAUAUGAUCAAUAUGGUGAGAAUGGUCCUCCUAUUCAAUCAAAUUCAAGUGAUGUUAGAUACUACCAGUAUCAUGGAAGUAUGGAUGGUUUUUUAACUCCAGAAGAUUUAUUCAGAAUGUUCUUUGGAGGUAUGUCCCCAAAUAUAGCAUUUCAACAGCGUCAAAGACAAGUGAGGCAUAAUAGAAGCAAUCAAAACUCAGAUAGAGAUCAGCAACGUCAAUAUAACAAUGGAAUGUCUAAUGGACAUUUAUGGCAGAAAUUUGCUGGAAUUAUUCAAAUAAUUCCUAUUGUUUUGAUGAUAUUACUUGCAUUAUUAGGCAAUUUUAUACCUUCUUAUACCCCAAAUACUAAAGCUGCUUAUAGUUUAUCCCGAAAUAGGGAAUAUUACCAACAAAAGUGGACUGGGAUUCACAAUGUACCAUUUUACAUUAAUCCUAAAAGUGGAUUUGAUAGACAAUAUCCUCAGAACUCCAGUAAGUUACAUGAACUAGAAGUACAAAUAGAAAUGUUGCAUUUCACUAGGGAAUGUGGAAUAGAAGAAAGGACUCUAUUACAGGAUAUCGCAUAUGCAAAGUAUUACCAAAAUAAGGAGAAACUUCGAGAAAUACAAAGUAGACAAAAGCCAAAUUGUGAUAAACUGAAAUGGCUAAGAGACUCUUAUCCUAAUAUAUAUAGACAAAUAAUUAGGCAUUGA